AUGGGCAGCUUCACUUUCAAGUGGGAGCAUCCCGCCGACGAGGUCUACGUGACGGGCACAUUCGACAACUGGACCAAGAGCGUUCAGCUCGAGAAGGAGGGCAAUGUGUUCUCCAAGACAGUCGACCUGAAGGAGCCCGAGGGCAAGAUUUACUACAAGCAUUUGAGACAAACAUUCGCAGUUCUUGAGUCAUAUACAGAUGGCGAGGAGAACCAUUGGCAUCAACAGCCAGCCUAUCUUGCGCGUUUGCUUCUCCGUAUUGCUCGAACGAGAUGGACGAAUAGCUGUUAUGACCGUGCCGCCCAGGAAUCCGUGCUUUUGCGCCCAUCGCUAUCGCAAUCUGCAGGGCUUUUUAAGCCUAAAGAGCUUGGAGGCGCAAGAGCGGUGGCUGCCGUAAUUCCAGCCCCCUGCCCAUGGCUUUUUUUUCUUGCAAGUUUGCUUCGCUGCCAGGAUCGGGGUCUGAACCCCUGGUUCAUUUCCCUGCCUGUCAUGUCAUGGGUUCUCUGCGACCCAUUAGCACCAACCAAAACCCCUCCGCCGUUUAGUAUGACGCAAGGCGACCACGAUCGCGACAGUUCUGGAAUGGAGUCUGCGAGCGGAGAGCGGUGGAAAGUCCGCUACACACAGCCCAUGUCAAGUCUCUGCCUGGUCAUACCAGUAGAAUUCUGUGGCUUCAUUGUUGACGGUAAUUGGAUCAUCAAUCAAUCAGCUCCCAACGAACCUGAUCUCGAGGGUAACGUCAACAACUUCAUCACUCCCGAUCAACUCAACGCCGAAACUCCCGGCGCCGCUAUACUUAACACUGUGACUCCUUCGUCCACAACCGCUGCGAUGGCUGCCGAACAACCUAUCGAGAACAAAUCCACAGAGCAGAAGCCUCUGGGUGAUGAGGUAACUAUCGAGCAUGUUACUAAUAACGGCAAUAUACUGACUUCCGAGAAGCCUGCCCAAGACGAGAAAUUGCCCCUCGAGACCCCUUCUGACAUUCCUGGUGGCUUCCCCGCUACACCUGCCAACGAGCUCGACAAGGUCAUUGGCAUCAACCCUCUCCCCGCUUCUGAGGGCCCCGGAAACCCUGUCAAGCUAGAGCCUGGCGAGAAGAUCCCCGACUCCAUCACCGCUCAAAGCACCGACAAAUACGUCAAGCUCGACAAGGAAUCGUACGAGAAGAGCGACGCUCUCCCUGGCAUCGAGACCGAGCUCCCCCCCGUAUCUUCCAACACUAUUCCCGAAUCCAGUCUGCCCAUUAUCGGCGCACAGGAUGUUCUCAUUAACUCCGCUGCUCCCACAGCUACUACUGCCGGCCUUGCUGCCGAGGUUCCGCUCGAAUCCAACGGUGCUUUCGUCCCCGAGGUUGUAAGAGAGAGCCAGGAGAAGGCUGGCGCUGUUACUGAGGCCAGCACUGACCCUACGGAGGUCAAGGAAAAGACCAUGGUCGAGGAAGAGCUCAAGGGAACCGUGCCCGAGGCACCUGCUACCUCGGUAGGAACCGCUGGUGUUGGUACCGAGAAGUCUGAGAACACGCCAGACACUAGCCUCGCCGCCCUGGCCGCUACUGCUGGUGGUGCUGUGAUUGCUGCUGGUCUUGCUGCCAAGGAGACAGUGGAGGAGAAGGCCGGCCCUGCGCUGAACAGCGCUGCUGACGCUAUUACUGAUACCGCCAACAAAAACUUGCCCGAUUCCGUCAAAGAGCAGCUUCCUGUUGCAGCCCAAGAGACCCUAGCCGCAAAGAACGAGGAGCAGAUUCGACAGGAAGUGUCCCCUGAGGUCCCCGCCGAGGUUAAGGAAUCUCUUGUCGAGGCCGGCAAGUCACCUGAAGCAGCUGCUAAUACUGCCGCUGUUGAGGACAAGAAGGAGGUAGAGAAGGAGCUUCUCAAGGAGGUCAAGCCUGUCACUGGCAUUUAUGACUCUGUUGUUGAGCAACCUAAAGAGGAACCAAAGCAGGUAUCUCCUGAGGUUCCUGUCGAGGUGAAGGACUCCAUUGCGGAGGCUGGCAAGAGUCCCGAAGCUGCUGCCAACACUGAGGCCGUUGAGGAAAAGAGGCUUGUCGAAGCUGAGCUUCUCAAAGAAGUUAAGCCUGCUGCAACCAUCGAUGAAACACCCAAGGUUGCUCCUGAAGUCCCCAACGAAGUCAAGGAGUCCAUCGUGGAGUCUGGCGAGCGUCCCGAGGCUGCUGCUAGCACAGAAGCUGUCGAGAACAAAAAGGAGGUUGAAGCUCAGCUUCUCAAAGAGGCCGAGCCUGUUCCUGCUGUCGACGAGGCCAAGCCCCAGGAGACUGAGUCUGCUGUUCCCGUUGUUGCUGCCCCUGCUGCUGCUCCUCUUGAGACAAAGGCUGUGGAAGCCAAGCCUGAUGCUGAGCCUGUGACCAAGCCCGAGGAGCCAAAGACCGAGGCUAAGACAGAAACCCCGACCGUUGGUAACGGCAGCUCAGCAACCGGCAAUGGCACUACAGCAACAGGAAAUGGCGUCAAGGCUACAGAGACCAAGGCCGCCACGCCAGCCAACGGCAGCAGCUCGACGGCCAGCGGUGAAAAGAAGAAGAAGCACAACCGACUCAGCUCAAUCUUCAGCAAGAUCAAGCACAAGCUUUCCGACAAAUAG